AUGAAAGAAAAGCAUCUAAAUAUUGAUGGUGUCUAAACUGAAAAGAGAUAUUAUAGUCUAGGACGUCUAGAGUGUCAGAUGUCCCAAGAUUUGGCCAUAAUUCGAGAAAUUUAUGAGCAUGAAUACUCUACAGAAGAGUUUGAAGUGGAGCUUGACAGAGCGUUAGUGAAGAAAGCUCAGACAAUUGUCAUAGAGCCAGCUAGAUUAGGGGAUGAUACAGCCAGGUGGAUUGCAUGUGGCAAUUGCCUUCACAAAACUGCAGUUUUAUCUGGUCUGGGAUGUCUUGUGUGUGGCUUGCUUAGGCCCAACAAUGGGAUUCUCUUCUUGCCCAUGGGGUUCACCAGUGUUGUCUGUGCUGGCGUCUAUGCAAUCUCAUGGCAAUUUGAUCCGUGUUGUAAAUACCAAGUAGAAUAUGACCUGAUGAAAGUCCCAAAGUUACCUUUGCAUACUUUAACAACAACCACACCUGUAGUACUAAUUCGUAAGGACGAUUCUAGAAGGAAAGUGCUGCAGAAUGUAUUAGCUAUAGCCGCUGGGUCUUUUUGUUUUUACAAGUUAUAUAAAUGGUAUAUGUAGAUACUAGUUGUUUUAGCUACCUUCAUUGUUCCUUUUAUUAAGGCAAAGAUUAGUAUAAUUAUAAUUGAUAUAGUUGUAAAGUAUAAGAAGACUUCUUGGACUAAAGCUAAAACUGUUAUUAAUUAUUUUUUUUAUGUAAUAUUUAAUGCCAAUUAUUAUUGCAGAACUUGCACUAUCAUUUCUUAAACAGCAUUGGCUAGCAUUUUUUAUUUUGUAAUUUUUACACUCACAAUGGCAUUCAGGACCAAGUCAUUAUAUAAUUAUUAUGACAUUAGCAAUGAACAAAACAAAAUGAUACUGUCUCUGAGCUGGUGGAAGUCCAUUGUAUGUAUUUAUAUGUCAUGACACUGUAUAUUUUUGAAACAUUUGUACUGCUAAUGUUGGUUAUAAGUAUUAUUACCAAUUAGGUUGACUUGAUUAUUUUGUGAUCUUCAUGUUGACAUUUUUAUGUUUCAGUGCUACAAUAUUUACAUAUUUUUUAGGUGAUUUAAAAGUGGUCAAUUAAAUUGUAUAGAAACUAGAAA